AUGGCGGGAGGACAUGUAUGGCCAAUGGACAUAAAGCAAGGAUGUGGCAAAGGGAGGUACAUGUCAGAAACUGUGAGUCUCCAGAUAGAGCUGGGGACUGAAUUGGAGCCAACAGAGGUAUCCCCCCCAGCACAACAUUCCAUAGAGAUCCCUGGGCCCAGGUCUCCAACCCAGGGUCCCCCAAGGGGUGUUGAGGCUGCACCUUUACAGGAGGGUAUGCCAGAGCAACRGGCUCAAUUGGUACAGAUCUCCAGUAUCACCAAACUAGAGCAAAAGGAGAAUCCUCAAGCUCUUCUGGAUGUCUUAAAGUUCUAUGACUCCAACACAAUACAGCAGAAYAAUCUAAGUUUUACUUCUCCUGAGAAGGAUGCCUUCCUUUCUGGAGCACCAGUACUGAAUACCAAUGGCUCAGAAACAUUAGCAGUAAUAACAGAGGAAGUUUAUAGUGAUGAAGAGGCCACCCCUCCUGUCAUUGGCCCAAAACCAGAUCAUACAAAAUCAAUUUCCACACAGUCUGUAACUGACCCUAUUCCUAUACCUCUUGGUGAUUCAAAUGUUGACAAUGGUGCCAAGUCUUCAGAAAAACAGAAAAAGAAGACAAAUUUGACUGACUAAGAGAUUAUGGAGCAAUUAAGAACUAUUGUGAGCAUUGGUGACCCUAAUACAAAAUAUACAAAAUAUGAAAAAAUUGGACAAGGGUUUUCUGGCACAGUUUUUAUUGCGAUUCAUGUGGCUCUGGGUCAAAAGGUUGCUAUUAAACAGAUUAAUUUACAGAAACACCCACAGAAGGAACUGAUCCUUAAUGAGCUUUUGGUGAUGAAAGAAUUAAAGAAUCCUAACAUAAUWCACUUCUUAGACAGUUACCUGGUAGGAGAUGACUUGUUUAUAGUUACAGAGUACCUUGCUGGUCGACAACUGACUGAUGUUGUUACAGCAACUUGCAUGAAUGAGGCACAGAUUGCUGCUGUGUGCAGAGAGAUGAGUUUGUUUCAUCAGGAUAAAUGUUUACAGGAAUUAGAGUUUUYACAUGCCAAUCAUAUCAUUCACCAGGACAUAAAAAGUGACAAUGUGCUUUUGGAAAUGAAAGAAGUUAAACUUAGUGAGUAA